AUGGAUGCUGUGCAAGUGCAAUAUCAACCGUAUACUCAAGAUCCAACAAGACAAUCUUGGAGGAAUAAUAGUUCAAACAAUGAACAACGUAGAGAUAGUAACAAUGCAACACAAUUACAAAAUUUAGGAAGAGUCCCGCAGACUGCUACAUUUCCAACAAAAACAAACAGAAAUUAUAGUCUUCCCAAUCCUCCUAAAACUGCUACUUUUCCAAAACAUUCUAACGGAUUUCCAAAAGACAUCAGACAAUCCACUUCAAGGUUUCCAACUACGCCUUCUUCAAAUUCAAGUAGCUCUCAACAUGCUUAUGCUCUAGCGAGUAGUGAGCAAUAUUUAAAUACUUUGGAACAAACAAGGCUUAGAUUUUAUAAUUCUAAUCCUAUACCUGCUAGAUUCACCAAAGCUAAUUAUUCUCAAGUUGAGUUAGGUUCUGGUGCACCUGUAGUUAUGUUAUGUCAUCCUGAUGAUUCAGAUUCACAAGAAUCAUCACCGCAAACACCAAGAUUUUUACCUUCUGAAAAUUUUACAGGUUCAACUGAUAUUUAUGAUUUAUAUAAUCAACAACAAUAUCCUUAUGAAGAUGAAUUAUUAUCAGAUGAUGGUCAACAGUAUUCCUAUUAUUAUGAUCAAUCACAAGAAUAUAUUCCUCCCUCAACUCCAACUAGCAAUUUAUAUCAACAACGUUCUAACACAGCUCCAGUUACAAAAGAUGAAAGACGUAAAAGUGUAUUUGGUGGUCCAAUGAAAGUUCACCCAGAUACAAUUGUUCCUGUCCGUCAACCUAAAGGACCUGAAAUGACUAGAAAUUUUGCUACUCGAAUUCGUCGUAAAGCUGUCAACAAGAUUCAUGCUGCUACUGCUGAAAGAAGAAGUAAAUCUGCUGCUGACAGGAGAAAAUCUGCGAUGUUUUAA